UCGCUCGUCGGCUCCAAAUAAGCCAUUCCUGUGUUUCAAAAGUUUGCAAGCGCUUUCAAGAGACUGGUAGCUUUAUCCCGAGACCAAGAUCUGGACGGCGCCGGGGCACAUCGGAGAGGAAUGACCGUUUUAUCGUGUUAACCUCUCUCAGAAAUCGGCAUUAACCUGGUGUCGACAUCCAACAGGAGCUCCGAGAUGUUCGUAGGGUAGCAGCUAGCAAGUAGACAGUUCGUCGACGACUCAAGCAAGCGAAUCUGACUCCAAAAAGGCCUGUCACAGGCCCGAAACUCACGGUAGCUCAUCGACAAGCACGCCUUUAAUUUGCUCGUACCAAUCUUAAUUGAGAGGUUGAGCAAUGGAGGCAAAUCCUGUUCUCCGACGAGAGCAGGAUGUGUUUGCAUGGUAGCGACCGAAGAGGUUGGGUCUACAGGCGGCCUGGGGAGCGAUUUGCGCAGUGCUGUUUCGCUGAAACAGUGGCUUAUGGGGUCGGCUCUUGUAUGAUGUGGACCGGCAUUUCCUUCGACGGUAAAACCGAGCUUGUUUUCGUGCCUGGCGGGGGACGAGGAGGCGGUCAACUUCGGACGGGUACAUUUCCAAUAUUCUGCUGGAACAUGUCGUUCCCUAUGCGGGAUAUGCCGGUGAUAGCUUCCUCCUUAAGCACGAUAACGCUCGUUGUCACACUGCCCGUGGAACAACUGAAUACUUCGAAGAAGUCUAUAUCGCCACAUUGGACUGGCCUGCGCUCAGCCCUGACUUGAAUCCUAUUCAGCACGUGUGGGAUGAACUGAAGAAUAGGGUUCGUUCCAGAACUUCUGCUCCUUCAUGCCUGAAUGAGCUGAAAUCGGCGUUGAUUGAGAAGUGGGAAGGUAUCCCACAAGAAUCAAUUCAAAAGCUGAUCAGGUCUAUGAAGAAUCGUCUUCGAGGAGUUAUUAGGGCAAGGGAAGGGAACACAAAGUACUGACAUUUAAUUUUAAGGCUAAAUAAAAUUUUUAUUUAUUAAUUUUUGUUGUUUUAUGCAUUCAUUAUUUUUCCAUAUUUCCUUUGUUUCCUAC